CCAUCUAUUACUUAAUCUGUGAUAACUAUGGCGGAUUACGUAGGUGAUGAUCAUUUUUGUAAAGAAAAUAUACAAACAUUUAAUAAUGAAAGACGGAGUAGUAAGCAAUGGGUGAAACUAAAUGUCGGUGGAACAUAUUUUCUAACUACUAAAACUACUUUAUCUAGGGACCCAAAUUCGUUUCUUUAUCGAUUAGUACAAGAGGAUAGUGACUUAAUUUCGGAUAGGGAUGAGACAGGUGCUUAUUUAAUAGAUAGAGAUCCUACAUACUUCUCGCCAGUGCUCAAUUAUCUUCGUCAUGGAAAGCUCGUUAUAAAUAACGAUAUUGCGGAGGAAGGCGUGCUAGAAGAAGCAGAAUUUUACAAUAUAACAGAGCUUAUAAGACUAGUGAAAGAAAGAAUUUGUUUGAGGGAGAGAAGGCCUCUCAAAGACUCAAAAAAGCAUGUGUACAGAGUUUUACAGUUUCACGAGGAAGAACUUACGCAAAUGGUAUCGACGAUGUCUGACGGAUGGAAGUUCGAACAAUUGAUCAACAUUGGAUCUCAGUACAACUAUGGCAAUGAGGAACAUGCAGAAUUCCUUUGUGUGGUCAGCCGUGAAUGUGGGAGUUCCCUUAACAGCAAUGACAUAGAGCCCACAGACCGUGCGAAGGUAUUGCAGCAAAAAGGUUCAAGAAUGUGAAUAUACCUCAAUGCGAUACAUAAUGUUACUAAGACUUUUGUGUGCAGAUUUUGUAUAUAUAAUUAUGAUAGUGUGAAGUUUGUUUAUUCAGUU